GCCAAGGCCAGGGCUGGCGGAGGUGUGUGUGUGGUGGACGUCUCCUGCAGGACCCGGAGCUGCUCCUGCUGGCUCACACGUAUUUCAGGUCUGUGCAGCAUGAGUCUCAGCCAUGAAGACAAAGGGCCUUAUGAGGAGUUUGAGAACGAUGGCAACAGUUCAAGAAGAGAGAGAACUUCUCACAGGGAAUCCUCCAGUACCUCAUCUGGAUCCGCAUUCUCGUCUCUGGAUCCAGGAGCGCACAUUGAGAUGUCGGCAGCUGUUUCGGGAGUUGUUCCAGAUGAUACAUUUACUGUUGACCAGGCAGUUAAUGCCCUUGGAUUUGGGAAAUUUCAGGUAAAGCUAUCACUUAUCACUGGAUUGUGUUGGAUGGCUGAUUCAAUGGAGAUGAUGAUCUUGGCCAUCUUGGGUCCAGCACUUCACUGUGACUGGCACCUUUCAGAGUGGAAACAAGCCUUUCUCACCACUGCUGUUUUUAUUGGAAUGAUGUUGAGUUCGGCCUUCUGGGGUAAUCUAUCUGACAAAUAUGGAAGAAAAAAGUCUUUAAGGCUAGCAGCUGUGAUGUUAGCUUACUGGGGAUUGCUCUCUGCAUUUGCCCCUACAUACAACUGGAUAGUGUUGUUGAGGGGCCUUGUUGGGUUUGCUAUUGGCUGCGUCCCUCAGUCUGUAACCCUGUAUGCAGAAUUCUUGCCUGCUCACCAGCGUGGGAAGUGUGUUGUGUUGCUUGAUUGUUUCUGGGCAGUAGGAGCAUGUGCAGAAGUUAUCCUUGCUCUUUGGGUAAUGCCAACCAUGGGCUGGACAGGACUGUUGGGACUCUCAAUCAUCCCACUCGUUCUCUUUGUGUUGGUCUGCCAGUGGUUACCAGAGAGUGCAAGAUUUGAUGCUACAUCAGGAGAUUCAGAAAAAGCCUUGGCAACUCUCCAAAAGAUUGCUGAUGAAAAUGGAAAGCCAAUGCUGCUGGGUCGUCUAAUUGUUGACGAUGUUGCUCAGAUGAAUCGUGGACGUAUAAAGGAUUUAUUAGUUCAAGACUUGAAAUGGACAACAUUACUUUUAUGGUUUAUAUGGUCAUCGUGCGCCUUCUGUUAUUAUGGUGUAGUCCUCAUGACUACAGAACUGUUUGAAGCAAAGGGCAAUCUCUGUGCGCUCUCUGGCAUGGACGGUGCCUUCACCUGUACAGCAGACUGCCGUCCUCUCAGCUCGGAAGAUUACCUAGACCUCCUUUGGACUACACUUGCAGAAUUUCCCGGUAUUUUCUUCACCAUUUUGGUCAUAGAAAGACUAGGAAGAAAGACGACAAUGGCUUUGGAGUUUGGUAUUUUUGUUAUAUCAAUUAUUAUGCUGUUCAUCUGUACAUCAAAUCGAACAUGGCUCACUUUCAUACUGUUUGUUGCACGUGGAAUAAUUUCUGGAGUAUUUCAAGCAGCAUACGUUUACACACCAGAGGUGUAUCCCACAUCACUUCGGGCAGUGGGUGUGGGGACAUGUUCCGGCAUGGCUCGCUUUGGUGCCAUGUUAACGCCUAUUGUUGCACAAGUAUUAACACGCACAUCUAUACAUCUGGCAACAGCCACCUAUGGAAUUGUAGCAGUUCUUGCCAUCGCUGCAGCAUUGAUGCUACCCAUUGAGACAAGGGGGAGAGCAAUGUCUUAGUUUUUUAUUUAAGACUCCAGAUCUUCAUCAGAAUUUGAAUGUACUUUUAAGAAGACUUAAAAUGACUGCAUUCUAUACUGUACUGUGUUUCUGAAGUGAGAUAGAAAUAAUGGAUGAAGAAGAGAUGUAUCAUAUACAAUAUAUCAUGUCAGGGCUGCUUGUAUCUUGUUUUUUGUCAUUUCUCUGUUACAUGUUGUGCUGGUUGGCCAGCAUGGUAAACUACCACCAUUGCUGCAUUAUUAGUAUGCAGCAAUGGACCCUAUUGUGUGGCCCUCUCUCUCCACCCUGUGAAAAUUAUUAUGUAUUACAGGCAUGUUCAGAAAUUGUCUGCAUUGCACCUCUGUAGAUGCCAUUUAACAUUGAGAAUUUUGAAGAGUAGCAAUUCCAUAGAGUUUUAAACACUGUCAGAAGCACUGGGAAGUAUAGCAAUGCAGCUCAUUUGACUGUUGGAAAUAAAAAAUUUAAUAAUCACUACUUUUCUUGGGGGAGCCCCUUUGGCUCCCUGGAGCUUACUAGGCUGAUAUGCUAAUGUCAGACUUUGGCAUCAGUCAUGUGUAUGGAGUUCUAUGGGCC